GAAGCUGCAGCACAAAGAUAUCGUCGUAAAUUGGAAAUGUGCUACGGUAUCGACCCGUCAACAGUACAAACGACACCGCAAGAAGUGCCAUUAAUGAUGACAUUCGCCAACAUCUACCAGUUUCUAGUUUUGGAUCCCAACCCGUUUACUGGUGAACCAAAAGAUUGUGGAAAAGGAAUGGAUGCGAUUUUUUAUUAUAAAAACGGAUGGGUCAAGAGUGUUUCUGGACGAAGAGUGCAAGAUAUAUAUGUGGUGCACGGAGUUGUUCGGCAUUCGUUCGCGCUUAACGAAAAGCCUCUUAAUCCUUGGAUUUUGAUUGAUGAGCAUGGCAAGAUCCUUGCAGCACAUUGCAACUGCGCUAUCGGGCUUCUAGAAGCAUGCAGUCACAAAGGAGCUACCUUAUUUGCCCUUGAAGGAAUUCGAACAUCCGUCCUCGAAAAAAAGUUGUCGGUAACAGAUUUGCCGGCAUACUGGAGAAAACCUCCGGCAAGUAUCAGCGACAACUUAUAUAAAAAGGUGCGUGAUAUUGAUUUUGGCAGGCGCAUACAAAAAAACCUUUUGUCUAUCAAUCCGUUAAGUUGUUACGAAUCCAGAUGUCGAGACCUCUUAAGCGUGCUCCAGGCGGAUGGCUUGAAUGUUACUGCUGCUAGCCUAUACUGCGGUGAAAUUAAUAUGGACUAUUGCUGUGCAAAUUGCUCGUAUGCGACAAAUUUGAGAGAACAGCUGGAUGACUACAACCUUCAGUUACUCCAUGACCCGUUAAACAUGCAAUCGAUUGCUGAAUUGAGAGAACGUGCAUUCGAGUACAUCCAAAACCUUCCGAGUGAUCCGGCAAUGUUGAAACGAAUCGACGACUUAACUGCUGAACAAAGUGACUCCAAGUGGUGGAAUGUAUUCAGGAGUGGACGUAUCACAGCAUCCAAUUUAAAAGACGUGUGUAGCACUCAGUUGGCUCGACCAUCCGUAUCUCUGAUUAAGAGACUGUGUUAUCCUAGUGAGAUAACGUUCUCUACAGCAGCGACCAAAUAUGGCAAGAAACAUGAGGAGAGAGCUGUUGAUCAGCUGUUUCACGCAGUUCAACAUUUGCACCAAAAUUUGCGGAAAAUAAAAUCAGGGCUGGUGAUUUAUGAAGAGCAUCCGUUCAUGGGAGCAUCACCGGAUGCAACCUUUCUUUGUGAUUGUCACGGCAUAAUAACAGUUGAGGUGAAGUGUCCCUUUUCAGCUCGAAAUCGUUCAGAUAUGGUUGCGACCUUACAACAGCUCCAGGACUUCUUCAUUGAACGGAAUGACACUGGCCAGAUCCUGCUAAAAACUAAACAUUAA